AUUUAAUCAGAGUGCAGAGUAUAAGUAUAUAGACUGAAAUAGAUUUCCGAUUGCGGUACAGAGUAUGUGGUUCAGCGUAUUUAUUAAUGUUGGUCGUUGUACACUUUGAUUUGAUGUUUCAGUAAAUGAUCAUGGGAAAACAAAGGUUGGAGAAAAGAACUCGUGACGCUAUAAGGGCCAUGAAAGGUGGAAAAGGACAAGUACCAGAUCAACCUGGAUGCACAACAAACAAAAGCAUGACUUCUACACAACAAGCUCGAACAAGUGGAAACCCGAUUCCGUUGUACCUGAAGGAUGCGCGUAGCUGCAUCGAAAUACCUGCCGCAAGUAAAUCGAGUGGUGUUGGGCCAACCCUCAACCUUGCGCUAACAUUGCAGGUGCCGCUGUCGCGCGGAUUACUCGAUCUCUUGUUGGAAUACAGAUCACUCUUGCUAGCAGAACAAGCAGGAGACAACUCCUCGCGACCACCUCCACAACUUGAGAGAACAACCACCGAAGCGACAGAGGCUUCAGGUAACGAUACAUAAGCGCAGCGUGACAGUUCGACUUGUUUUGCAAAGAAAAAUGCAAAGUGCUUUGGGGCUAUUAUUCUUCAUGGCAUCUACAUCUAGGCUUCCUUUUGACGCUUUGAUUUGUGAUUUGAAUACACCAACGACCAACAUCUCAGGAUCAGUUUCGGACCUGCAGAGUUACGGUGGUCCUGCUCCACUUGCAUCUUCCGGACCACUAGUAGUUAAGGGUGUUACCGGUCAACAUGACCAAGCUGGAGGAAGCACAGGAGGUUAUAAUCUAUCGUCCGCAUCUAGUUGUUCUUCUUCUCCGGCAACUGGGGGUUAUGUGCAGCAGUAUCCAGCAACUUACCGGGGUGCAACAGUCGGUGCUGCGGCGACUGUUUCUAGUGCCAGUUCUGCUUUUGAGCAGCAGUCGACAACCACUGCCGGAGCUUCGAAGGGUAGCGGAUACACUCAACAUCCAAACGCGGCUUACGCCAAUCAUACUACUGGAACUUCUAAGAGCAGUUGCAGUAGCAGCUUCGGCUAUGGUGGUGCUGCUGGCAAGCAUGGAGGCGGAGCAUCCAUGCACCAAGAGCAUUCGCAGCACGUGGGCGGUGGAUCGCAUGCAGGCCGGCAGCAAGGUGCUGGCGGCUACAACAUAUCUUCGUCAUCCGUGUCCUCGGAGUACCAUCGCUACAGCAAAGGGGUGCCGGGGUCUCACCACCAUCACUACGCUGAUUACUAUAAAGGAGAUAAUAGCGGCAGCGUGCAUCACAGCAAAGGGACGGAGCAUGGCUACUACCAGCAUCACGGCAGAGGGAGCACGCCUGCCUCUAACGUAGAGCAUUACCCAUACAUGAAAGGCGGAAAGAAGAAACAAGGCGUCGUAAUAAAGGGCAAACCAAGUAGUGGCUAGCAACGAGUCGAUUCACACCUCCGCUUCCCUCUGACAUAAAUUGAGACCGAUUUUUUGAUGCCAGCGCUUCUGCGGGAAAUAUUAAUGACCCCGCACCCAUUUUUUCGAUUUUGCAAUAGAAGUUAACAGCGCAGGACGCCAUUAUCGUUAUCAAUCAUGAAAUCAUUUUUAUGCGCGUAUUAGUAUAGUGCUUUUUUUAUCUAAUUUAAAUAUAUAGUUCUUCCUUUACUCCAGUCAACUCUUGUAGGACAACCCACAAACAAUUACUCUUGUAGGACAACCCACCAACAACCACCAUAGGGAAAGAAAAUCCAAAAGUGACCUCUUGCCUCAGUCUCCUAGCUUCCUACGCGACAGCUACAGCAGAAAGACUAAUGACUUGGCUCUAAUGAUAUAUUUUAAUUUUUUUGUUUAAAGAAAUAUAUCGAAAGAGCUUGGUCUUCUUCGGUUC